CAGGAUGCCUCGGAAUCAAGCCGAUAUAGGUAGGAUGGGCACUGGUGUGGUUUGCUCACAAGCAGACGAAGCGAGUCAGGCGCAGGAGGUCCGACUCCGCGCAAUGCCUCAAAACUGGCGGAAGAAGUGGGAGAGGCCAGCGGCAAUCUUCAGAAUUGCGAACCAGAUGCAGCCCAAAAGUCUUCCACCGCUAAGUGCGCCGGGCCGACUGCUUCCACAAGUACCUCCUGAGCAACUGGUGGGCAGAUCUGCGGUGGCGCGCAUGGCCGUGGACUACUGGAGAAAUGAGGCAGCUACUGCAGGACGAGAUGUGCCAACCGCUAGCCCAGGCAGCAAUGCUGCAACGAGUACCACGCAGAGUUGGACUUCAGGCAUGUCGAAAGCAGCACUCAGUGGAAGCUCAAGUCCUGCGCCAAGCUGAUCGUGUUCAGUUGCCCUUCCACAAUCAAAGUCAAGGUGUUUGGCCUAUGAACAACCAGAAGGAUUCAGAAGGUGCUGUACUGUUCAUCAGAAUGUACACUCGUAAAGUUUGAACUGGCUUUAACGCAUGCUCGCCCCAUACCAGUCACUAGAUGUCACUAGACUUCGACAAAAUCAUUGUUCAAGCAUUGUAAACAUUCAAUUUUGUACGUAUCUAAAGCCCUUUGUCCACAGCUAGCAUCGUCAACUGCAGGGCGUCGGUGCGCAUUAUAUGGUAAAUGCAUGCAAAUGGAUGUAGUUACUGAGUCGUUGGAGUUUCUUUCCGGCUGCACGCAUGCAAAAUGAUUUCACUUCGCUCUGUC